GGAAGUCAGUGUCGCUUGCUUCUACUGCUGUGGCGCAGUCCAAAUCCUUUGCAGAGCAGCUCAUUGCCCAGGAGCGUGGGUCGCUGUGCCCUCGACUUCCAAGCAAGAUAGCACUGGAGAUCUUGGCGGCAAAUGCCAAGAUUGCUGAGGAGAUCACGUUUGUCUUCCGAAUGAAGCUGACCACUGAAGAUGGUAAUAUUCCGAACCAGGCAUCACAAAUCGUGCGAACGGGGAUUGAGGUGGAGUGGAAAGAGAACUCGGCAGGGACCACCAAUGAUGAGCAGUCUGCGCUUGCGCGUGCCGAAGACGAUCUUCUAGAGAAAGACUCACUCUGGGAUCCCAUCUCCCGCGGCGCGAAGCUC